CCCUUUUUAAACUUCCAUUCCUCUCCUUCGUCGAUAAGGAUACUUUCUUUCGUUCUACGUUUGUCUUUCGAGAACACACCAUUUGCGAAUUUGUUAUCGGAAAAAGAAAAAGUAAAAAAAAAGGCUUACCUUAUAUCGAGUUAAUACUCCAAUACCGCAAAGAUGGCCGACAACCAUUAUGUCUCGUACACCGAGAAUUUGAUGAAGUACAUGAAGCUCGACCAGAAGGGAAACGCCAUGGCGGAGUACAUCUGGAUCGAUGCCCAUGGCCAUGUUCGGUCUAAGAGCAAGACCAUCACCCAGAUUCCUGAGGACGGUAAAUUCAAGCCUGAAGAUCUCCCCGUCUGGAACUUUGACGGUUCCUCUACCGACCAGGCCCCGGGUGACAACAGCGAUGUCUACCUACGACCCGUUGCUGUUUAUCCCGACCCCAUGCGAGGUGUUCCCAACAUCCUGGUCCUUGCCGAAUGCUGGAACGCCGAUGGCACGCCCAACAAGUACAACCACCGCCACGAGUGCGCCAAGCUGAUGGAAGCCCACGCUGAACACGUUCCGUGGUUCGGUCUCGAGCAAGAAUACACUCUUUUCGAUAUGGAGGACAGGCCCUAUGGAUGGCCCAAGAACGGUUACCCUGCUCCUCAGGGACCCUACUACUGCGGUGUUGGCGCUGGCAGGGUGAUGUGCCGCGACAUCGUCGAUGCCCACUACAAGGCCUGCCUGUACGCCGGCAUUAAGAUAUCGGGUACUAACGCUGAAGUCAUGCCCGCCCAGUGGGAGUUCCAAGUCGGCCCCUGCGAGGGAAUUGAGAUGGGCGACCAGCUCUGGAUGGCUCGUUUCCUCCUUCACCGUGUUGCUGAAGAAUUCGGCGCCAAGAUUUCAGUCCAGCCUAAACCCAUCCCUGGCGACUGGAACGGAGCGGGUCUCCACACCAACUUCUCCACCAAGGAUAUGCGUGUCGAGGGUGGCAUGAAGCACAUCGAAGAAGCCAUCAAGAAGCUCGAAGGCCGACACAAGGAACACAUUGCCGUCUACGGCGAAGGCAACGAGAUGCGUCUGACUGGCAGACAUGAGACCGGCACCAUCGACCAGUUCAGCUACGGUAUCGCCAACCGAGGUGCAUCAAUCCGCAUUCCCCGAGAAUGUGCCGCCAAAGGCUACGGUUAUUUCGAGGACCGACGUCCGGCGUCAAACGCUGACCCGUACCAAAUUACGGGCAUAAUAAUGGAAACAAUUUUUGGCGCAGCAAGCUAGGCAGGAGGAUACCCCUUUGGUAGUAAUGAUUUUACUUUUACGCGGAGCCUUAUUUCAACAUAGAACGGAGUCUCGAAAGACAUGAAUUGAUACGAAUAUACUUAAUUUCUCACAAUAACUUCAGCUGUCUGGCUCCUAGGUAUUGUGUGAUUUAAUUACCUUGAACAGUUGAGGUAGUCUACAGACGACCGAUUUUGCUGUCUAAACCUCGUGAUCGAAUUAUGCAAACUCAGUCAUAGCUACCUAAAUAUAAUUUCUCUGCUAGGCAAUUGAGUACCUAGGUACAGCAAUUGAAUGCAAUUGCAUUGAAUCAUCAAUGCAUUACGAAGCAAACUUGUAAAGCAACCAUCCUUGCGAACCUCGAGCAACACAUGCCAAUGUACGAUGUAAGGACAUGGCCGAGGCUUCAAUGUUUGCCAGUAAAUUAUCUACGUAAUCGAGCAUGUCUCUUUACGACUUACAGCAUAAAUGCAAACUUUGUUUGG